AACUUUAGUUCGUCUUAGCAAUGGAAGCACACUGGAAGUCUCUGAUACUGUUACUCGUUUUCCGUCUGAUUGUUGGGACCGAUCAGGGAAACAACUUUACCCUCAACCUCUUCAAAGAAGUCUACAAUCUAGAAAGCGAUAGAAAUUUCGUACUGUCACCGCCCAUCAUCCGUGCCACAUUGCUGUUUCUAUAUCUAACAGCGAACUGGAAUGCAGCCUUGGAGAUGCAUCAAGCUUUACAGCUCCCACCGGAUAAAUCGGAAGUCCUCGUUGAGCUGAAAGAUUACCUCGUGAAGUCCAUCGACGAUCGAGCCCAACUACCAGUCAGUUCUCAAAUCUACCGUGAUCCGAGUGAAUUAAGUGAUACCCUGCUAGAACUACUCGAUGGAUAUAUGAAACCCGAAGUAUCACUUUUGUCCUACAGCGAAGAUCCCGGCACUGUGAUCUCAAUGUCGCUCAAAUCCACAUAUAUGCCCAACUACAACCUUCUAAUAUCGACGGCCUUCAACCUUUCGGCAAACUGGAGAAACCAGUUCAACCCCAAAGCCGGAAGAUCCGGCAUGUUUAAAUUUUCCAACGGCUACCACCAAGUGAGCUUUAUGAAGAAACCUGCACGCUUCGGCAUACUCAAAUUAGAACAGCUGACCGCCCUGGAAGUGCCCUACGAUUCGGACCUUUCGAUGAUCUUCCUACUACCGAACGACGAAGACGUUCCCUUGUCCUCUCUAGUGAAAGACUUCGAUCUGCAAACCUACCGGACCAUCGACUCACGUUUGCGGCAACGAUUCGUGGAGGUGGCAAUUCCACGGUUUGCGAUAGACAGUAACGUUCCACUUGGGAUGAGUUUGGCCCGGAUGGGAAUGGUAUCCAGCUUUCUGGCGAACGCGUUCGAUUUCUACCGGUACCGAGGUAGCGGAUUGGGUCCUAUGGAUCAUGUGGGGUCGAUUCGAGUGCUAGAGGGAGGAACGGUGGAGGUUGAAGAGGCUCUGGAAGACACUGUGCCACCUGCAUUGCUUCCGUCUUUUCGAGCGGACAGGCCAUUCUUAUUUUUGGUUCGUAACACUACAUCGAAGGACAUUCUUGUGAUUGGACACCAUUCUAACUUCAAUGGUUGAAGCUUUUGGAUGAAAGAUUAUUAUGUAACUUUAAGAACCUUCGAUAAUAAAAUACCGUAACAUAA